AUGUCCAUGUUUACCACACGCGCGUCGAGCUUCGCCGUAGGCUUCGCCGUGGCUUCCGCGGGUGGCUUUUACGUCAUCAAAGAGGAGAUUCAGAAGAAUCACGAGGCGUUGGCGCGUGAGUGUUCGACGCUGUGCGAUCGCGUCAAGGCUCUCGAGGCGCGCGUGGGGAAGUAA